AUGCACAUAAAGAUUAAAACACUUGAGGGAACUGAGGUGCAGCUGGAGGUAGACAAGUCAAUGAAGAUAAGAAAUAUCAAGGAGCUCCUGCAGGAAAAAGAGGCAAUCUCAGUAGAGCAGCAGAGAUUGAUCUAUGGGGGCAAGCAAUUAGUAGAUGCAAACACCUUGGAGACAUACAGUAUACAAAACAAUGACGUACUGCACUUGGUGCUUGCCUUAAGAGGAGGCUAG